GAGUGACGAAUUGGUUUUGCUACUGCGCCACCUAACGGUACCGGUACGGUUUACCGUAAGUAAUUCUACCAGAUAUAGAUGACUGAGUGUGGUACAGUCGAGGAUACGAGAGCUGGUCCAACAUCAUCACAUUGAAGAUCUAACAUUAGAUCAUACUGUACAGACAGGUUGUGGAAUUAAAAUACCGUAUCAGUUUCUUGGGGCACGGGCAUAAUGAUAUAGCCUAGCACUAUAUUGAGGAAUUCUAAAUACAUGCAUAUAUGCAUGGGGUGAGAUAGACUUGACUGUCAUAUCUUAACUUGUGAUUUCAUAAUAUGACUGAUAUUGAUCGAGCUAUCGGAGAUCUACUUGCUGGAAAAGCCCCGGAUAUUCCCCUUGACAGGUAUGACAUAUGUCGCAAGUCUUGUGACAAUGACAAGCCAACAAUACUUGGCUAUAAUACCAUUAUCAUCGUAGCUGCGGUAAUACUUGAUGAUGAGGGUCGCUUUGUUCUAAUUCAAGAAGCUAAGGAGUCAUGCAGAGGAAAGUGGUAUCUACCUGCUGGGAGGCUAGAGAGAGAUGAAACAUUGGAGAUGGGUGUGAAGAGAGAAGUUAAAGAAGAAGCAGGAUUUGAUUUUGAGCCAACCAAUAUUGUACAAGUAGAGAGCUCAUUGCUUGCAGGAUACUGGAUGAGAUUUACUUUCACUGGAAAUAUCAUUGGAGGAUCACUGAAGACGGAAAAAGAAGCAGAUUCGGAAUCGCUCCAAGCAAGAUGGUGCUCAAUGAAUGAUUUAGCUAAUCUGAGAUUGAGAGCCAGAGAUAUCCUGCCAGUCAUUGACCGAACCAGGCUUUACUACCAAACUUCACCUACAGAGAGACAUCCAACUAUCAUGCCAGAUCACAAUCCUCAUAAACACAUGUGUAUGAGAAUCAUCCUCGUCAGGCAGAAACAGAAUUCAUUUGAUGUGCUACUCUGCACCCAAGGGACUCCUCAUUUCCCUAUCAUCAGAGAUGGCUGGCAGGCAGAGGAUUCAUUACAUCGACUUGAAAAGGAGGCAUUUCAUGGGAAGAACAUGUAUGGUUCUCCCUACAUUGUAUGUAUAGAGCAUGUAGGGAGCCCUCACGGGUCGGCCGAUGGCGUAUGCCUCAAUCUUCUAACCAUGACUGAAGUCGAUAGAGAACUGAAUAAUCCAGACUACAUCUGGCAUCCCAUUUCAAGCAACGACCUCAAAAGACAAAUCGUCAGUAGAACCAGACCGGGCAUGAGUGUAAUAUGUCCCUAACACCUGUAGAGAAAGUUUGUUUGUUUUUUAAAAUGUCCUCCAUGUUUCAAUAUAUUUAUUCCAUUCAUGUACUUGCAAAUAUUUUUUAAAUUGAGAAAGUAUAGAGUAAUAUAUGUGAUGUCAGAUUAGAAAUAAGAAUAUAUUUUUAUUGUACGUGUUUGUGUUCUAUACCAUCUCAUUUAGCAAUACAAAUGUUAUCUGUAAUUGCAGGAUAAUGAAAAUAUACUCCAGAAUAAAUGAAAUAGACAUCAUUAUUCCAUUAUUCUGCUGGAAUAUUUGGUUUGUCAAUUAAGCUUAAAGGUGGUGUUAUUUGUCAAUGUUAGGUGUCAAUGUUUAGAUAUAAAUAUAUGUAAAACAAGUGAGAAAAUUAGGUUAUAAGACUUUGCCUACUUCAUUGCUUUAGACUUCUUCAGACAGCGACUGGAGGUGAUGUUGCUGUUCUUGGAGAUGAACAGUCAGAGAGAAUGGGAAUAUACUGUACAUUGCUGAUAAUUGCAGUAGACAAUGUGGCCUUUCACGGCACAUCUGAUCCUGAAUGUAUGUGUAUUGACUCUCUCAAACUGUCUGUUUGCGAGUGCAUCAUGAAUGCUUGACUGAAUAUCAAUAAUAAUAAUAAUAAGCAUUUAUAUAGCGCAAUCUAUCUAGAAAUAUUCUAUUCCAAGGCACGUUGUUAUUAUUAAUAUUACCCCGGCUUUAGCUCGAGCUGCCUUUCAGCGCUCAUGCAUUCAAGGAAUUAAUCCUGCCGGUACCCAUUCACCUCACCUGGGUCAAGUGCAGCACGAUGUGGAUAAAUUUCUUGCUGAAGGAAAUUACGCCAUGGCUGGGAUUCGAACCCACGACCCUCUGUUUCAAAGUCAGAAGACUUAUCCACUGGGCCACAAUGCUCCAGUAUUACAGAUUUUUUAUUAUUAUUUUUUUUUUUUGGGGGGGGGGUAAAAAAUAAUCUGUGGUCAAUCACAGCAAGGGCUCUCUCAACAAGUAUAAAGAAAAGGCCAAAAAAAUGAUUUUGAUAUUUCCAGGGGCUACUUUUCACAAUUUACUGCCUGAAUCAGUAAUGUUGGAUAAACUUUAACAUUGGCGUGAAUGGGGAUUUUCUGGGGCUCAUUUUUAUUUUCCAGGGGUCUUUUGAUCAUUUUGGGGAGAAAUUGUCCGGAGCACCCAUUUGAGUUUUUCCCUGCAAAGGUCUCACAGUUAUCUUUAAUAAUGAUAUAUAGCAUUUAUGAGGCGCUGAGUUAUCUGGUUUCCUAUUCAAUGGCAGUACAAUGUAGAUAAAUUUCUUGCUGAAGGAAAACACGCUGUGGCCGAGAUUUGAACCCAUAUCCCUCUCAUUAAAAGACAAGAGUUGUAACCACUAGACCACAACACCCCCAACCAACAUGUAGGUUCUUUAUAAUUAUUGCCAAAUUCAUGUAUAGCUAGUGCCUAGCAAUAUACGUAUCCAGCUUGCCAAAUUUUUCUUUUGAGUUUGCCUUUGAAAUCAUCUCUUGUUUUGAUGAAAAAUACAACUUUCCAUUUAGAUAUUUUGAACAAAUAAAUUUUUAUCCUAUUUACCUCCUAGAUGAAUGUAUGUCUUCUCCAUUUUCAGUCAAGGGAAGAACUACAUUAAUUUCAUACAUAAUUUUUCAAAAUGUAGAAAGCAAAAAUUUCAAUUACUUUUUUUCUUGCCAAAAACAUUUUUUGUUUUCUUUGUAAAAUCAACGGUCAUGGAAAUGAUGACCCCCCCUAUUUCUUCACUGUAUGAUAUUCAAAUAACCAGAGGCAAACAAUCAUAAUCCAAACCUGUUUGACUUUAUGCAUACAAUCUCAGUAGAAUGGUGAAAAAGGUUAAUAAUCAAAAACACUCAUAAAAGGUGCAAUUUUUUUUUUUUAAAUUAAAUGAACAGAUUUUUCAACUUGUGUAAUUCUUACAUGAAACAUGUUUUGGGGUGAAUACAAACAAAGGGUUUCAUUUGGGUAAAGACAUUAAUCUUAUAAAUUGUAUCUUAGACAAAAAAUUAAAUUUUGGUUAUGAAUUGAGACAUAUUGAUGAUUUUUAUACAUAUAUUGCAAAAUUGAUUCAUAAUUAAAAAAAAAUAGUUUUUUUGUUAGAAAUUGACUGUUUUAUAAAGUACAUUGCAGGUUUAAUUUGUAUUUUUUUAAAGUACAGUAAAUUAUGGCUAAUGGCCACCUCCCCCAUCCUUCCGUUAUCCUCAAAUAGGAUUGUGUGUGUACUUUGUUAGUACUGCGAUUAUCAUGGUAUCAAGAGAUACAUGUAUUAUAUAUAUGUAGAUAUUCUAAACAUAGAUUUGCUGCCAUUAACAUGAACCAAAUAUUAUAUACUAGUGGCAAGUAUUAUACCCUUGUCAGUCUUUCUUAUGUAUGUAUAAUAUCAAUUAGAAACAGAUUUGUUCGUAUUUUAUUUAUGUAUAUUUGGUGCUGUUGUAAAUUUUUAGAUACAUCAUUUUCAGCAAAGUGUACUAGUUAAUGGUUCAGUACUUGGAAAGUAAUGUAUGAUUUUGGAGAUUUGUAGAUUAAUUUAUGUCUGUAUCCAGCAGGGAAAGAAAUAUGUUAAUGUUAUGUAUAUUUCUAGCAAUUUGAUUACUCUUUAGUAUUAAUUUAAAGGAAGUGUGACAUGAUGAAACCUGUGUACAAGAUAAGAUAAGUCAGAGGCUUGCGACAACUGGGUGUUGUUGCUUGCCCCUGUAAUCCAAACGACAUGGGGGGGGGAGUUACAAAUUGUUGCAGAGGUUUUGAGGUUCUAGCCCUGGUCUCGUCUUUUGGAUGGUGACGUGAAAGUUCGGUCUCAGACAUAUAUAAUGAUAUCUGAUUGAUAAAUGUUUGAGAAAAAAAAUCAUUUACACUCAUACCGUGUGAGUAAAAAAUAUUGACACCUCACAAAUCCCAAAUUUAAGGGAAAAAAUUAUGUCGUGAUUGUGUAAUUAUUUUAUACGGCUGGAAAAAGUAUUUUCUCCCAAAAUAAUUUUAUACCAUAUUUAUGAGGUAUGUCUUCACGCUUGGAUAAUCAGUAUGUAUUCUUUGCCGUGAUGUAAAUUUUGGUUUGCGCCAAAGUAAGGCAUGUCUCCAAUGAAUGAAUCCAGAUGCCAAUGAUGUCAUAAUCCUACAUGAGUUAGUAAACAUAUUUGCAAAUUCCUUUUCAAUUUAAUUAACUUGAACAUUGAUACUCAAAAGUGCUUAUUAAACAAUUAUAAUGUAAAUGGAUUUUAAUGCAAGCCUUGUACAGGAUUAUGACAUCAUUGACAUCUGGAGUCAUUCAUUGCAGUCAUGCCUUACUUUAGCGCAAAUCAAAAUAUACAUCGCUGCUAAGAAUAACUCCAAAUGUUAACGUAUACCACAUAAAUAUGGUAUCAAAUCAUUUGGGAGAACAUACUCUUUCAGGCCGCAUUACAUACAUGUUCAUGACAUAUUUUUUCCUUAAAUUUGGGAUCUGUGAGGUGUCAAAUUUCUAUUAACUCACACGGUAUAUAUAAAAAUGGUGGAAGUUUUAAUUCACUAUUCUCUUUAAUGAGAUUACGAUAUUUUCCAUCUUACCAAGUGGACUUGAUAUACUUUUCAUAUCGACUUAUUAAUUUUUAAAGCUGACCUGCUUGUAUGAGAUGACCAUUGGUGGUAUGACAGUUGAGCUUGAAGGACUUCACAUUUACCUCAUGCCAGAUUAUUUUCUUCUCUCAUUUAUAGCUUUCCCACCUUUCAAUUCCAACUCUACCAUUUUAAUUUUUAUCAACUUCUCUUCAUUCCAAUCUCUUCAAACAGUCUUUUUCAAGGCUAAUCACAUGGUGAAUUAUAAGAAUCUCUUCUAGAAGAUCCUACUCAGUCGCACUCAAAUCUUGAUAAGAUAACUUAUACGAUCGUGUCAUCUAGUAGAAUGGCAUUGUAAAUCGCUCGCCAAGGUACAUAUAUUUAUUUAUUCUAAACAUUGGUAUACGUAUCAUGUCUAUUCUUGUCCACAGGUUUCAUAGAGUUGUACUACCUUUUAUUAUGUAUUGUAUAGCUGAAACUCACUAGAUUAAUGAAUGUUGACAUGUGUUUGAUGAGUAACCAAUCUUGAUUUUCUCCAAGUUUGAUCAUUUCUAUUUGGUUUGUUUUACUUGUUUAAAUCAACUAGAAAUAAAUAUCCCUUUAAUUAAUUGAAGUCUUGUGAUUAGUCACCAUCUUCACAAAGUGUCCAAGUGGCCUAAAUCAAUUAUUUUUCUUACAAUACCAGUAUGUAAAAUUUGAACUUGACGUUUGGAUGUCAGUAAAUCAUACAUUUUAGUGACAGUCUUUCAUUGUCUCACUUGAUUCGUAAGAUUAAAUUCAAUCUCAUCCUAACUUUAAACCUCAAAAGAUAGCUUUUGAAUACUGUAUUUAUCGCCAAUAUUGUCUCUGUUUGCUGAAAUCUGUAAUCCACUAAGGACAGUUUGUGAACAUUGUGAAUUAAUUUACUUUUCCAUAUAGACUGGUUCAUAGUUCCAUUCUGCUCAUGAUGAGAAGAAAGUCCUUUGAACUCAAAUGGUCUGGUGGUUUUUAUAUUCAAUGAGAUAAGCACCAACUUUGAUGUCUUGAUUAUUCAUAUAUUCUUUGAAAUUGUUGAAAGCAACAAUGUGUCCAUUAGCGACUGGUGUUUAACAGUUGGUCAAGUAUAUUGUAAUAGCAACAUGCUAAUGCUGAUUCAAAGUACAAAUGCAAGAAGAAAAAAAAAAAACCUUCAUAAAGUAUUCAUUGAUGUGCUAUUCUAGUCCCCUGGACUCUGUCAUUUCUGCAACCUGCUAUGUCUGGAAUGCUUACACAAUAUCUUGCUUUUAAAAUCUAAUAAAAGAAAGGAAAGGUAAUUUGAACAAACUUGCCUAUGAAGUAACUCUGAACUGGUCUAUUGUAGGAAAUAGGUAAAAAUUGCCCCUAAAAUUUGCAAAAUGGGCUGCUUUGGGCCUUUUAAGUGAUCAUCCUUGUUGCCCCCAAAUCUGUUGCCACAAACAAUAUUCAAGAACAUUUAGAAAAUCAAUGCUCUCCUUGUACAUACAGCAGAAUGAUGAGAUUUGCUUUUACAGCAUAAUCACUUGUCAAGCAAAAAGGUACCAUUUGAAAUGAUAGAAAUAGCCCCAGCAAUUGCCCCAUUGUAGCAAGAAAAAUAUCCUGUAAAAAAUGAAAAUUAUUUCCCACUUUCAUCCCUUCAAUCCAUGAAUGUUAUUUCUCUUAUGAAACACAUUGAAUAUAGACCCUAGAUGAAAAACACUCAUUGUGUAGUAACUGAUGAAACUUAUUGCAUUUAAUCACUCCAAUUAAAAACAAUUUGUCAAGUUUUCAUUGCAUAUGAUUAUUGUGCAUAUAAUGUAUAUGCUGUUGUAAUAGUUAAUUUGAACUUCUGUGUAGUAUACACAUAGUAUUUUAUAAAAAAAACAGUACUAGAUCCUGAAUUUGUUAUAGGUCAUAUAAGUUAUUUAUCAAAUAUUAAAUGCCCUUCAAUUCGUAAAGAUGAAUUAUUCAAUAUGUGCAAGGUAUGUGUUCUAUUCAGCACUCUACAGGUGAAAUAUUUGUGAGAUGCGUGAAAGAAAAAGAUCUCUUUAACAAGUCACGAGGACGGUGAGGGGUUUCUUUUUUUUACUAUAUUGAAUUGAAUUUGAAGGUUCCAGUACACACAAAUAUUAUUUUUAAUUGCAAUAAAAAAUAUUGCAGUUUAAAACUAUAAAAGGGUAGUACUGCAUAAAAUAAGUUUAUUCAGGC